AUGAGGCCACCAAAAUCCCUUUCGUUUCCAGUGAUAAACCUUUGCAAACCGGAAGUUCCUCUUUUCCGAUUGGCGCUUCUCAGGCAUCUGAAACGAGUUUCGGCCUUGGUCACGCAUCCCAGAAGAUACCAAGUAGGUUCUUCCUCGCUAGGCAUAUUAUCUGUUCGCAUGCUCUAUAAUAACGACCUGUAUUCUUUUGCAGUUAACAGAACGACCAGCCAAGACUUACUUGACGACCCGGACAGGCUCGUAUCUUUUGGAGUUCUUCCUGAGGAGAGCCAGGAUGCGAGGAAGCUCGCUUUGCUUGCGAUGAGGAUGGCUAUGGAGAAGACUCGAUUGGGGGCCGCAAAGGGGUCCAGUGACCUAAAGGAGGAGGUCGCGAAGCUCAAGAAAAGCCUGGAGUCUGUCGAAGCUGAAAGGACGCAAGCAUUCGAAGCGGCGAAUAGGUAUCUGAGCCAAAAGGAUGCUGCUUUACGAACUGUGGACUUCCAAAAGGCGGAGCUUGAGCGACGUGCGGAGGAAGUGAAGGAACUUCAAAGGAUGACCGCCAGGCUCUCCAAAGAGGUUCACGAAACAAGGUCGCACUCCCAUGCAUCUGGUGAUGAAGAGAAAGUGAUGACAAGGAAGCAGAAAGCUGAAAACAGAACACAUGAUGCCGAGCAAUCUCCAAAGAAGGCCAAGCAAGACCAUGACAAUGGCAAGACUAAUGGAAAAGCUGGAGAAUCUGAUGCUAUAGACGUGGAGUUUGAAGAAUUCUGUAAAGCUAUUGAGGCUAAUCUCUCUAUUGAACAAAUGAUUGAGAUUCUUGAAGCUAAUGACCAAGACUCCUCUGGCCCAGAUCCCAUUGUUGUCACUAAAUGCCAAGACAUGCUGUUUUAUGGACCGUUAGAGAGAUGCCCAAUUUGCAAUAGUAAAUUGGAAUUUGAUGGUAAAAGAUAUACUUGCAAAGGAAUGUACAGUGAGUGGUCUACUUGCACAUUCAGAACAAAGGAUCCACCGAGGAGGGAGGAGCCAGUCAAAAUACCAGAUUCUAUCCUCAAAUCUGUUGAUUCAGACCUGAUAAAGAAGUAUCAAGACCCUAGUCGCCGGCCUAGAAGGUAUUCAGUUGCUGCUGAGAAACCCUUCACAGGGAUGACAAUUUCGCUAAUGGGUGGUCUUUCUCGUACACAUGUAUGUACCAAUUUUUAUUUCACCAUACUGAUGCAGCAAUAUUGGAGGAGGACAAUUGAAAAACAUGGAGGAAAGGUCGCCAACUCAGCUAUAGGUACAACUUGCCUAGUUGCUUCACCGGCUGAAAGAGAACGCGGUGGCUCAUCCAAAUUGGUGGAGGCAAUGGAGCGAGGUACACUGGUCGUGAGAGAAGCUUGGUUGACUGACAGUAUCGAGAAACAAGAAGCACAGCCUCUAGAAGCCUACGAUAUGGUCACUAAUCUUGCCCCCGAAGGCAAAGGAAUUCCAUGGGAUAAAAUGGAUCCGGAUGAAGAGGCACUUGAAUCAAUUACAGCUGAACUCAAGUUAAUUGGAAAGAGAGGAGUCUACAAGGAUACUAAACUGCAUGAGCAAGGCGGCAAGAUCAUGGAGAAAGAUGGAAUAUUGUACAACUGUGCAUUUUCCGUGUGCGACCAAGGGUGUGGACUGAAUCACUACUGUAUCAUGCAACUGAUAACAGUACCAGAGAGUAACUUGAAUCUGUACUACAAGAAAGGAAAAGUGGGUGAUGACGCUAAUGCUGAGGAGAGGCUUGAAGAGUGGACUAAUGUGGAUGAUGCAAUUAAGGAGUAUGCAAGACUGUUUGAGGAUACAACGGGUAAUGAGUUUGAGCCGUGGGAACGAGAGAAGAAAUUCCAGAAGAAGCCAUUAAAAUUGUAUCCAAUUGACAUGGAUGAUGGAGUUGAAGUGAGACAUGGAGGGCUUGCUAUGAGACAACUUGGGGUUGCAGUUACACAUUGCAAACUCGAGCCGAUGGUUGCGAAUUUUAUGAAGGUCCUCUGUAGUCAAGAGAUUUACAGAUAUGCUCUAAUGGAAAUGGGGCUAGAUGCUCCGGACCUCCCAAUAGGAAUGCUUUCGAAUGUGCACCUGGAUAGAUGUAAAGAGAUGCUCCUAGAAUUCACAGAAACACUGAAAUCAAUGAAAGAGACAGGGCAGAAGGCUGAAGCUGUUUGGACAGAUUUUAGCAAUAGAUGGUUUACCCUCAUGCACUCAACCAGACCUUUCAUCUUCAGGGAUUAUCAAGAACUUGCAGACUAUGCUGCAGCUCCAUUUGAGACUGUUCGGGACAUAACAGUGGCUUCCCAUCUUAUUGGAGACAUGAGUGGUGCUACCCUUGAUGAUCCAUUGUCCGACCGCUAUGAAAAACUAGGCUGCUCGAUCUCAGCACUGGACAAAGAUUCUGAUGACUACAAGAUGAUUCUGAACUACCUGAAGAAAACUUAUGAGCCUGUCAAAGUUGCAGAUAUAGAGUAUGGAGUGUCAGUUGAGAACAUAUUUGCUGUCGAAUCAAGUGCUGACCCGUCAUUGGAUGAAAUGAAGAAGCUGCCGAACAAGGUCCUCCUCUGGUGUGGUACUAGAAGUUCAAACCUUUUAAGGCAUUUGCAUAAAGGGUUCUUGCCUGCAGUUUGCUCUCUCCCAGUACCUGGCUACAUGUUUGGCAAGGCUAUAGUUUGUUCCGAUGUGGCAGCAGAAGCUGCGAGGUAUGGGUUUACAGCAGUUGACAGGCCAGAAGGAUUUCUAGUUUUGGCUGUUGCAUCUUUAGGAAAUCAAAUAACAGAGCUCAAGAAUCCACCUGAGGAUACAAAGUCCUUGGAAGAGAAGAAGGUUGGAGUGAAAGGUUUGGGCAGAAAGAAGACAGAUGAAUCAGAACACUUCAGUUGGAAAGACGAUAUCAAAGUCCCUUGCGGUCGGUUAAUCCCCUCGGAGCAUAAAGAUAGCCCUCUUGAAUACAAUGAGUAUGCUGUCUAUGAUCCAAAACAGACGAGUAUAAGGUUCUUGGUGGCGGUGAAGUUUGAAGAGAAAGGAGUGGUGAUGGACACUGCAGAAUGAAGAAAUCGAAGUGGAAGUGAAAGAAGGGCUUUUUGUUUUUCGUAUGGUCGAAGUGUUGUGAAAGUAGGAGAUGAUGAUGACUUUUGAUGCAUAUAGGAUCAUCGCUAACAUCUCUGUAAAA